GUAUCUUAGGGACCAGACAGAUAUGCUGGUAGUGGGAGUCAUUGGCUUGCAGGGAACAGGAAAAUCCACCAUCAUGUCUCUCCUGUCAGCCAACACACCUGAGGAAGACCAAAGAGGAUAUGUGUUCAGAGCCCAAUCUCAGGAAAUCAAAGAGAGAGGAGGGAACCAGACCACUGGGAUUGACUUCUUCAUAACCCAGGAGAGAGUCAUUUUCCUGGACAGGUCAGCCCUGGAUCAUCUGAUCAACAACGAUUGCAAGUUGCCUCCAGAGUACAACCUCCUUCACACAUACGUUGAUAUGCAGUCUCUUCAGAUCACUGCCUUCCUGUUCACCAUCUGCCAUGUGGUUGUUGUUGUUGUUCAAGACUGGUUUACUGACAGCAACCUUUACAGGGAACUGCAGAUGAGCAAUAGCCUGCCAAAGGAAAUGAAAUGUGUGCUCACACCAUUCGUGGCUAUUGUCUGGAACAUUGUGGGGCUUUUUAAUUCUUUCCAUAUUUUAAAUAAUUGAGGUGACUAAUGGUCAUAAGAAGAAGGGAUUCAAGGCCAGAUGGACGGAAAUGAAGAAGAUAGAUGGAAAAGAAAGAAGAAAAAAAUAUGAAUGUGUAUGCAUGUUUGCUUCUGUAUGUGAAUGCAUGGGUUUAUGUCAACAGUAGGUAGGUAGAUUCACGGUGUAUGUAAAGAUGUCUGUAUAGGAGAAGCAUCAAAUUGUUUCGUAUUUAACUAAAGGAUAAUAGAAAAAGGGGGUAGGACUUGAAAAGUUUGAACUUGUUAUGAACUUCUUCCUACUCCUUUCUGAACAUGGGAAUUUCUAAUUUGAAUUACUUACAAUUAUUUUGGAAGAUUAUUUUGAGAAAUACAUGACCUUAUUAAGCUGUCAUUAAAAUGUUAUAUAUGUAUGCAUGUAUGUACAUAUGUAUAUAUAUUUUUGUUAUAUGUUUGUUUAUAUGUUCAAAUAAACUAAACAAAAACAUAAUCCCGAUUCCCCCAGGUAAGUAAACAGUCUUUUCAACCUUACAUCAACACUCACUGCAUCAGAACAACUUUUCGAGACUGUUUUUAAAAACACUUCUGGUCACGUGUCAAAGUGUUUAGAGCCGUUUUGUGACGUGAUCUUGAACGAAACCUGUCUGGUACUUGCCAAAAGACUCUGAGACGUGUCGGGGUAUAAAAUGAGGCUGCAAAGCCACAAAGGUUUUGAAUGCGUGAGACUAUGGCGUGAAAUUAGUGCCAGGACUGGGAGCUCUGUAAAAAAGAUUUGUGUACUUGUAGAAAAGAUUUGUAACUAGAAAAAAGAUUUGUGUCUCUGUAGAAAAUGAUUCGUGUCUCUGUAGCAAAUGAUUUGUGUACUUGCUAAAAAGGUUUUGUGUCUCUGUAGAAGGAGGCGGGAUCACCGCUCCCAAAACCAUCUCUAAGCCAAUCAAAUAUAGACAAGUGAGAUUUGUGAGAGUUUGUGAGAGUUUGAGACAGUUAGAGAACAUUAGAGAAAGUUACUAUCCUGUUUGUUGAUUUGUCUGUUUAUGUGCUGUUGUGUGUAUACAAAAAAUAUAUAGCCUAUAUAUAUAGAUAUGUAUAUAUAUAUAUAUAUAAAUGAAUAUGUAACAACUUUACUCUGAGUUUAUCGUCUCAAACAGUUCGAAAAUCAUAUGGCUUGUUUGUAGCCUAUUGUUAGAUGAAAACCAUCGCUACCGUAUACGAUACCACGCUAUCUGCAUUGCAGGACGUCAAUAAUUCUGUUCAACCACAAGGAUCCUUAAGAUCAGGAUGUGGAAUUAUUAUUAUGCCAUACUUGUUACAGAUCACGAUUGUUCAAAAAUCUAUCGUUUUCCGGGUACAGCCAAUUUGUUGGAGCUAUUUUAGCUAACAUCGUUGGUUCUUUAGCAAA